GUGUGUGUGUGUGAUGUGUGUUUACGCCCCUCUUUGGGUUUAAUGCUUUUUUUGUACCCACACACAAACAAAACAGCUUCAUCGGCAGUUUCAAUCCACCGAGGAAACAAUAAAGAAAGAUAACGUGGUUGUCCUCUAAAGGUUGCAGAUUAUUUUGGAUCGCCAUUUCCAGUCGCCAGUCCAUAAUGGACACCGACUACUCGGUGUUAGAAAACCCUCUCUGCAGCGAGCUCAAAUACUUCUGUAGGAAGAUACAGGAGGCCUAUCACGACUUCAAGGAGGAUCUAAUACCUUACAGAGAUGAUCGCUUUUACAGACUGGCCCCCAUGCGGCUCUACACGCUCUCUAAGAGACACUUCGUCCUGGUCUUCGUGGUCUUCCUGCUCUGCUUUGGCCUCACCGUUUUGAUUGGUGUUUCAGGUCCUAAAGUCAUCAAUGAGCAGCACAAUGCUGAUCAGUUGCUUCUGAAGAACCACUCUGUAAAGACGGUGCCAUUUAAUUUGAAGUCGGAGCCUCUCACCACCUACAACCAGCAGCUCUGGCUGACCUGUGCGAUGAAAGUGGUUCAUCGCAAUGUGGUGGCCUUCGAGCAGCCCUUUGAGCUCAACGUGGUGCUGAAUGGAGUGAUGCCGGACGGCAGCGUCACACACAUCAGCAACAACGUGCAUCAGAAGUCACGCACGCUGCACUGCCUCGACACAUGUGAUGAGAUCAUCGUAGUGCACCUUGGGUACCUGAACUACACCUGCUAUCAGAUCGCUGUGAGCUUCAAAGGUCUUGAGAAUGUCACGUAUGACUUCAAGGUUGAUUUUGUGUGGAAAACAUACAAUCCAACCUUCUCUCAAGUGGAAAUCUGGUUCCGGUUUGUUUUUGUAGUCCUGACUUUCAUGGUCACGUGUUUGUUUGCUCAUUCUCUGAGGAAGUUCUCCAUGAGGGACUGGGGGAUAGAGCAGAAGUGGAUGUCAAUCCUCCUGCCUCUGCUGCUGCUCUACAACGACCCCUUCUUCCCGCUGUCCUUCCUGGUCAACAGCUGGUUCCCAGGGAUGCUGGACACCUUCUUCCAGGCUCUCUUCCUCUGUGCCCUGCUGCUUUUCUGGCUCUGCGUCUACCAUGGCAUCCGGGUCCAGGGGGAGAGAAGAUUCCUCACCUUCUACAUGCCCAAACUGGUCAUCGUUGGUCUGCUGUGGCUUGCGGCCGUCACACUGGGGAUAUGGCAAACAGUCAAUGAACUCCAGGAUCCCACUUACCAAUACAAAGUCGACAUAUCCAACUUCGAGGGCAUGAAGAUCUUCUUCCUGAUUGUGGUAGCGCUUUACAUCCUCUACCUCAUCUUCCUGGUGGUCAGAGCUUGUUCAGAACUCAAGAACAUGCCCUACUCAGAUCUCCGGCUGAGGUUUUUGACAUCUUUGACCCUUGUGGUGCUAAUUAUAAGUAUGGUCAUACUCUACCUGCGGUUCGGUGCCAAGGCUCUUCAAGACAACUUUGUGGCUGAGCUGUCCACCCACUACCAAAACUCCGCCGAAUUUUUAUCUUUCUACGGCCUGCUCAACUUUUAUUUGUACACACUAGCGUUUGUGUACUCUCCUUCUACAAAUGCUCUUUAUGACUCCCAGUUGAAGGACAACCCUGCUUUCUCCAUGCUCAACGACUCAGAUGAUGAAGUGAUAUAUGGGAGUGACUAUGAAGAGAUGCCCCUGCAGAACGGCCGCGCCAUUAAAGCAACUGCCAAGUACCAGGACGAGAGUGACAGUGACUGAAUGCUGAAUCUCCUUCUUGCUUGACUUUCCCGGUUGGAAGAGUAUGGAUUUGUACCAUGGCCAACCCAUGUGAACAUAUAGGCAGAAAUAAAACAUGAAACUGUACAUAAAUAUUUUUUUUAAGAUAGAUGAUAAAUGUGUACUGAAUGUCAUUCUGCUGAAGUUUUGCAGCUAUGCAAUGUUUAAAACCCUUUCCGCACUACAGUUAAUGUUCUUUCAUGGGUUUUAGGGAUUUUCACAGCCACAUAACAAAUGCCCAUCACUAAUCACAGCCCUCAGACUACGCAGUUUGGAUAGCCAGCAUUUACUAUGACGGAGCAGGAAAGUUGCCAAUAUGGUAUUUUUAAUGGGUUUCAUUCAUAUUUUAAUAUUUGUGUAUGUGCUUUAUGUUCAACCACUGACGUUUUGGUGCUUGUUUUACUUAUCAUACUGCCAAUGAUACAACAGGAAACGCUUUCUUUUGGAAAUCCGAGACCACAAUAUCGGAUUCAAAAAGCAAGUUUAGCAUGCAUAUAUGUGUAUGCCCUUGCCAAAAAUGAUUUAUCUAUAGACAUUGGCUACUCAUAGGACUGUUCUAUUCCUUAAACAAAGCUUUUUUGUGAUCAGCUUAUGAUUGCACCUAUUUAAUUUUUGACUGUUGUGAUUGUUUUCUUCUGCAACUUGCAUUAUGCUUUUGAUGUGUGGCGUGAGAAGAAAAAUGACAGGACCAGUAAUGUUGGCUAUUGAUGUGAAGCCAUGAGACCAAUUAAAUUUUUAAACGGUUAAGUAUUUAAAGAAACCUCUUUUCAACAACCACUUUUCUCCGCUACUGUAAUAGUGUUAAGACACAUUGCUGUUUAUACAAGUGCAAUUUUGAACUCGCCUGAAAAAAUGAAUUAAAGUAUUCUGAUCGAGA